UGCGCGCUUCAGUUCAAUCUGACUAGACUGGCCCACACUUGGCUCCAUGACUCCUGACGCACGACAAUGCGCACUGAGCCACAGGAGUUUGAGGACUUAUCGUUACGCACGGAGUUCGUGGUGAAGGGGACACGGGAGUGACAGCAGCUGUGCGCCCAUGGCCUACAAGUGUUUGUUUCUCUGCAUCCCUGUGGAAAGUCAUUUGAAGAUUCAGUAGGAGACGUGUACUGCCUCGCUGGAGUGCCAGAGGAGAUCCAUUAGUCUGUCACUGUUGGAUUUACCAGAGCUCAGAAGGCUUACAGCUGGAAUCUGUAUAGUUCUUUUGCAUUUUUGGCACAUGUUCCUUCAGUAGCGUAAUUACGCGUUUAAAAUUUUUGGAUCAUAACCUGAGCUGCAAAGUCACUUUUGGAGACUUUGGAUCUGAAUUACGCACGCGAUUCCUCUAACAAAUGACAGCUACGAGGUUUGUUGCUCUCCCACUGCAUCCCCUCAGCUCCCUCCAUCGCACCAAUCGACCGUGUCACACCUCCACCAGAAGCGGGGAGUGAAAGCCUCGCUGUCCCAUCCAGUGUGCCAGCCUUCGGCCGCGGGCCACCUGGUCGAGGAUGUGGGGCGGAGGUUUCCCGACGUCUGUCACCGUGAUCGUGACACUCCUCCUGGUCAUCAUCGAUGUGAAAGCGAGCGGGGAGUAUUGCCACGGCUGGCAUGACUCCCAGGGCGCGUGGAAGGAAGGGUUCCAGUGCCCGGAGAAGAUCGACGCAGAGGACGCGAUCAUCUGCUGCGGGAAAUGCGAGCUGCGCUACUGCUGCUCCAGCACGGACGCGCGGCUGGAUCAGGGGAGCUGUGAUAACGAUCGGCAGGCGCAGGAGCCCGGGACUGAGAGCAAGGAGAACAAGGACUCCGGGGCAG